AUGGAAAACCAGGAGCUCGUGCUGCUCCUGUCCUUGGAGGGCCGGGAGGAGCGGGAAGCACGCGGCUCCGGGCUGCCCGGCCUUCCCCCCGCCUCGCCGGCCCGGGGGUCCCCCGGGGGUCCCGCGGCCUCCCACCGCCUUCGCCCUGGGCCCACCGGGCCCCCCUCGGCGGCCGCCGCCGCUCAGCCCCCGCCCCGCCCGCUGCCCGCCGGCCCGGGCUCAGCCCCGGUACCCGGGGGUGAGAAGGGCUGCAAAAGUGGCUUCCAGACGCUUCCCGGAGCCUGCCGGGCCCCCCACAGAGCCCCGGGGGAUUUGGGGUGCCCGCUGGCAGCACCCCUGGGUGCCCUGCGGGACCGCGGGGUCCCCGAGCUCCCCGAGCCCCUGGGCAAGAGCAAGAGCAAGAAGCGGAGGAACAGGACGACCUUCAGCACGUUCCAGCUGGAGGAGCUGGAGAAGGUUUUCCAGAAGACGCAUUAUCCCGACGUCUACGCGCGGGAGCAGCUGGCGAUGCGGACGGACCUGACGGAGGCGAGGGUGCAGGUCUGGUUCCAGAACCGUCGGGCCAAGUGGCGGAAACGGGAACGUUACGGGAAAAUGCAGGAGCUGCAGAACAACCUGUGGCCGAGCCCUGGGAGCCCCCCGGGGCUCCUGCCCGCCGAGCCCCUGCCGUCCCCCUGCCUGUCCCCGUAUCCCCCCGCCCACGGCAACGGCUUCGUGGCCCUUCCCGCCUCCCCCGGAGCCCCCCCCGCCAUCAGCGGCCUCUACUCCCUGCACGGGCUGCCCCCCCCGGGCCUGGCCCCCCACCCCUUCGAGCCCCCCACCCCCCAGCACGACUACAAAGCGCCCCCGCUGCUGCCGCUGAGGAUGAAGAGCAAGGAGGGGGCCGGGAACCUGCUGGGCUGGGCCACCUGA